AUGACCGAAGAACAUAGCUGUCGAAUCUGCCGUGGCGAAGCAACAAGGAAACAGCCGCUUAUCCAUCCGUGUAAAUGCAGAGGCUCUAUUCGUUAUAUCCAUGAAGAUUGUCUUUUGGAGUGGCUCAAGCACUCCUCCAAGUCCACCAAGCAGUGUGACAUCUGUAAUACCCAAUAUCGGUUCAAAACCAUAUAUGACCCCAAUAUGCCCAAGCGUGUCCCGCUACUGCUUAUCUGGGCUAAGAUCGUCAGCACAGUGACCACCACAUUGACGCAACACUUUCUGGCGGUUCUUUAUAUCAUGUUCUUGCUCCAGCUCCCCAUCUUCUGGAAGAUCGUGGGGCGUGUCUACACAUUUUUGGUCGAUGGGCCGCUUCCGCCGGGCGGCAGUAUUCCGCUACUGCUUCUUUACGGCACGUUGGCGUGCUUCGAUGAGAAUCUGCCGUUGACGAAAGACUCCACAUGGUUCGACAAGGCCGUCUACCUAUUUUUCAACACCUUCCUGAACGGUAUGGUCCACGUAUGUGCCUUUGUGAUCAUGCUAUUGGCCAUCUUUGUGGAACACGAGUGGGUCGUCAGAGACGACGGUUACACGAAAAUGCUUCUCAACGACAUUGGCCGUGAACCCCGCUCCAAGUUAUUGGACCUACUACAGGGUUUGCAGAACGAUGCACAAGAGAAUCAAGAUGGAAAUGGCGAAAACGGCGAAAAUGGCGGUAACGAAGCCAAUCGCAACCGUCCCAUGCCGCUAGAUCUCGUAAACGAGGCGAUUCGUGAUCUCAGGAACGUUCCCGAAGAAUUCACUCGCGAGGUCGAGCUCCGCAACGCACUCAACAAUGGCGAGUUCGACGACUUGAUUCGUGGAGAGAAUCAACGGGAUGCCUUGCCUGGCGCAGCGCCCCUUCCACUUCCCGAGAUGCCUGCCAACCAUGUUGCACCCAAUGAACCAGAGAACGACCCACACGCCGGUAUCGACAUGGAGAAUGCCCCCAAUCCACACGUGGCUGAAGCUUCAGAUGAUUCAGCAGAUGAGGAUUACGUCUACGACGGCAACGACAAUGACUCUGGCUCCAACCUGGACGCAUCCUCAGAACACUCUGACAACAACGAUGCAGUUUGGGAUCCAGCAGACAUGGACCAAAACCUCCAGGAUGUUGCAGGAAUCGAUCGUCAGCCAGAGGAGCUUGACGAGGGUAUUUUGGAGAUCAUUGGCCUCAAGCUCAACCUUUCGACUCCACUUUUGCUCACAGUGUUGGUGGACGCCAUUGUCAUGAUCUUCCUAUUCGCCGCAUACCUCGUACCACAUAUGAUAGGAAACCUCGUCCUAUUCUUCACUGCAUCAUUAUACACAUUAAUCAGAGACUAUCAUGAAAGAGUCGCGUUCCUCGUCAUUGCCAAAGCACACUUGAGUCCAAUCCUAAACUUCGCUCAUAAGCAAUACUUAAAGUCGGACAUCUUAGUCAAUACCCGCUUCUUCGUGUUUGAUGUCUUCCUCCAACCUACCAAGGAUACUUUAUCUCGCUGUCUUUCCCUCGUGAAUACUGGUCCUGCAACUUUACCCCAAAGGGUUGUGGCAUUGUCCAUUGGCUAUUUUGUCGGCUGCUAUGCUAUCUACGCAGCUAUGAAAAGUAUGGUGUCUGGUAAAAAGCCUCUCGUUGGAAAUGCAAGAAGAGUCUACAAACUUCUUUUCGAAAUUACAGCUACUGCCAAAGUUUUUGUUGUGUUUGCCGUCGAGAUAGUUGUGUUCCCAGUUUACUGUGGCUGGCUCAUAGAUAUUUGUUUGGCACCACUCUUCAAGACUGACUUGGUGAUAAAGAACAAGGACGGCUCAUUCUCAUACGAGUACCUUUUCAUUGCAUCUCUCGAGCACUACAACUCCCCAUCCGCUCGAGUACUUAUCUAUUGGGGUUUUGGCACAAUUUACAUGCUUUGCUUUGCAUUGUAUGUUGGCAUGUUGAGAAGUCAGAUCUUGCGUCCAGGUGUUCUUUUCUUCAUCAGAAGUCCUGAGGACCCCAACGCAAGACUCAUACAUGAUGCCCUUGUGAAAUCACUCAGGUUCCAAAUGCUGCGUAUUUGGCUCAGUGCCAAAUUUUACACCGGUAAUAUCAUAUUGGGAAUUGGUCUUGUGACUUGGGGCCUCCGUUGGUUCACCGCUUCUUCCAAUCCAAAUGAGCGCAUCUUUUUGCCUGUGACGUUGAACUGGACAGGAGUGUUCUACUUGGUUGGCAUUGGUUUGCAGCUUCAUCAGAAGCAUGAGACUCUUGCUCGUUACUGUGUCAAGUUCUGGGAACGUGUAUUCCAAGUGGUCUGCUACAAGUUGAGACUUUCUGAUUUCAUUCUUGGAACCCCUAUCGCCGAGGAACGUGGUCACAUCGUUUAUCGGAACUGGUUCCAUGAGCUCUACGGUGCCACCCCUGACUACCAACAUCCAGUCACCUACGGUGAAGCUCGUCAGAAGCUCAAGGAGCCUGGUGUGAACGCGUGCUUUGUCCCUGAUGGAAACUUCGUGAGGGCUCCUUCGAGUGAUACUUCACGAAAGUUCAUUGAUCAGUUGUUCAUUCCUGUCACCAGAGCUGAUCAGCCCAUUAAUGAGGAAGAGCCAAAGAGUCAUGAUCAUGAGGAUGGAUACGAGUCGGACUACUCUGAUGUGGAGCUCAACUACGAGCAAAGCUAUGUCAUUGUCUAUCGUCCUCCAAACUUCAAGACCAGGUGCAUGCUCUUGGUUUUGCUCUUGGGCAUCUUUGCCCAGCUACUCUUCGUGUUUGUGGGUGUGUCAGCUUUAUUCCCAGGAAGACUUACGCUCAAAGCAUUCUAUAUUAUCACGGAUUGGAUUGGUGUACCAUACAACCCAUGGGAAGUUGAUGGAUCUCGUGUUGACAUUCUGUCUCUCUGUUUGGGACUUGGUUUCUUUGUUCUGUUAUUGUUGUCGCUUGACGGACAGCCAUUCAGUCCUAUCGAGAUACCAAACCCAUUCCCUGAAGCCAUGAAUUUGAAUGUCAACGUUGGCGGAAGGUCGGCGCCAGAGACGUGGGUGGCCCUCAUCUCUCAUUUUGCCGUUCUGUUACAAGUUGGAGCGGCAUGGUUGGAUGCCGAGUACACAUUGUUUGGCAAGAGUGUAUUUGAUGACUUUCAAAAUCCAAAGUACAUUGCUUUGGCCAUUCAUUUUGCGUUAUGUGGUCUCCUCAUGAGCCCAUUAUACAACACAUGGCUGUAUGAGAGGAAGGAGCAGUCAAUCUUGAGGUACACAUGGAGUGUUGGUUUGGUGGAUGAUUUGAUCCACUUCUUGGUGAUAGGUUGGUUUUUGACGUUUGCUUGGGACUCAGUUACAUUUGCGUUGGCAUCAAUAGCCUCUUAUGUAACUGUGAAGGCGCUGCUUGGCGGUAUCCGCUUGCUUGAACAUUUCAACACACAGGUAAAGAACGAGAAGUAUGUUCGUGGAACUGCUGUCCAGAAUGUUGAUCUUGAUGAAGGCGCGGAGUGA